AUGUCUCAACUACCCUCUAGCCGACGAGACCUUACGAGGUUCGGAUACAGUUCCUCGAGUGAAUCAGACGAACCCCCGCGCAAGGCGACCACUACGACGUCUAAUACACAAGAUAAGAAGAAGAAAAAGAGGAGAAAGACUCCGCCGCAGCAAAGCAUCAAUAAGAUUUGGAGGCGCUUCACCACUAAGGAAUUCACCAAGGCACUGGCAGUCCUCCCGUUCGACCCAGUACCUCUUCCGAGCACCCCAGAGCGCCCUAACGAGCUCCUAUCCGCGGGGUACGAACGUGCCCGCGACGAAUGUUCGCGAAAGGUGAAGAAAAUAAUUGCGGAAUGUAAGCGUGUUAACACGCGCUAUAGAGAUCCCGGCUUUGACCUGGAUUGGGACCUGAAGUGGCUCAAGGGCAAUUGCCUUAAUUAUCUUGGCUCACGCAAGUUUGACAUUCUGAGCUCCAAACUCAGCAUUACCACGUCCGUCCCUAAGGCCGUUAAGCGAGUGCAUGAGAUCUUCGAGAAGCCCACUUUUAUGAAGAAUAUUGCCGCCGACAAUGUGAAGCAAGGCUCGCUCGGCGAUUGCUGGCUAAUUGCUAGCUUGAGUGCGCUAGCCAAUGUCGAGGACGGGAUCAAGCGCAUGUGCGUUGAGUACGACGCUCGUAUUGGAAUAUACGGGUUUGUCUUUUACCGAGACGGCGAGUGGAUUUAUUCCAUUAUCGAUGAUAAGUUAUAUCUUACUUCACCAUGCUGGGAUUCACCGAGCAUGCAACGUGAGAUGCUAAACCAAAUCGACCGUGAGGAGCCCGAAAAGGUGUACCGUAAAACGUACCAGACAGGAUCUAAGGCCCUGUUCUUCGGCCAAUGUAAAGACCAGCAUGAAACCUGGGUCGCGUUGCUAGAGAAGGCCUACGCCAAGGCCCACGGUGAUUACGGCUCCCUAUCGGGCGGUUGGAUCGGCGAGGGAUUGGAGGAUCUUUCUGGCGGUGUCACCACUGAACUCCUAGCUUCUGAUAUACUUGAUAUCGACGAGUUCUGGGAGAACGAGCUCAGCAAGGUCAACAAGGAGUUCCUCUUCGGCUGCUCUACUGGCCUACUUGAUGGUGGGUAUGGCGACCGCAACGGGAUCCGCGAGGGGCAUGCUUACGUGGUGAUGGAUGCGAGAACGUUGAAGAGUGGUCAACGACUCGUGAAACUUCGCAACCCCUGGGGUAAGAACCGUAAGGGCAUAUGGGAAGGGCCGUGGUCAGAUGGUUCUAAGGAGUGGAAUAACGACGUCAAGGAAGAGCUUGACCACCAGUUUGGGAACGAUUCCGUCUUCUGGAUUACUUACGAAGACAUGCUUGAGAAGUACCAGCACUUCGACCGAACGCGCCUUUUCAUGGACCCCGACUGGCGAUGUUGCCAGCGAUGGAUCGGUGUAGAAGUUCCGUGGAAGCAGCAGUGGAACGAGAAAUUCCACAUCAAGUUAACUAAGGAAUCUCCGUUGGUCCUGGUACUACAGCAGCUUGAUAAUAGGUAUUACAAGGGCUUGCACGGCCAGUAUACCUUCAGGAUGCACUUCCGAGUUCACGAACAAGGUCGACCAGAUAGCGAGGAUUACAUUGUCAGAUCCCACGGCAACUACCUCAUGGACCGAUCUGUAUCGAUCGAGGUCCCGUGUAUGGAGCCAGGAAACUACUCGGUAUUUAUCAGCAUCGUAGCUGAGCGCGAUACCGAUAUGCCCUCGAUCGAAGACGUCGUUAAGCGCGAGUGUCGCAAGAGGGUAGAGAACGAGAAGCUGGCACAGGUAGGAUAUGCAUACGAUCUAGCGCAUAGUAAGGGCGUCGCGCACCUCGAACAGGUCGCCAAGUUGCGCAAGAAGUCUGACCAGAAGAAGGCGAGCGCAUCGCGCAUGCAGGAGCGACGCAAGAUGUGGGAGAAGCGUCAUCUCAACCGCGACAUCACGAAGAAACAGUCCAAGAAGAACCAGGAGAAGCGCGACAAGCGGCGGGAGGCCGAAGAGGAGAAGCGGAAGAUCGCGGAAGAGAAGAAGAAGGCUGAAGAGGAGGCUGCCAAAGUCAAGGCCGACGCCGAAGCUGCGGCGAAGAAGAAGAAAGAGGACGAAGAGAGGGCUAAGGCUGAAGCCGAGAAGAAAAAGAAGGAAGAGGCUGAAGCGACUGAGAGAAAGAAGAAGGAGGAGGCCGAAGAGGAGAAGCCUAAGGAUGCGGCGGUUCAGACUGACGAUCUUCAAUCGGGCGAGGAUAAGAGCAUCCAGAUGGAGGAGGCUAAGCAAACAGCGGAAACUAAAGAUGAAGCUAUUAGUUCCGAGUCUGCUGACAAGCCGAAGGAGCCUGAGGACGCCUCCAAAGAUGCGGUAAAAGACGAUGCUGCCGUGGACGCCAAAACGGAGAAGCCAAAGGAGGACGUCGCCGAGACCCCGAAGGAGGAUGUCGCUGAUGCUCCGAAGGAGGAGACUAAGCCAGAAGAGAAGAAGUCCGAAGAGAAGCCCGACGAGAAGACUUCCGAGGAGAAACCGGCCGAAGACAAAUCUUCAUCCGGCGGUGAUGAUGCCUCCACCGCUUCAACGGCUGCUCCUGCCCCUGCUGCCAAGACCAGCAGUCGACAAAAGCAACCUCCGCCUCCGCCUGCUUACUCGACAGACGGCGACUCUUCCGACAGCCCGGUUGAGGACUGGGAGCUGCUGUACUCAUCCGACGAUAUGUCUAAGAAACCGCGGAUGGCUACUACGCAGCCGCCCGCGACAACCAACGACGCUGCGGUGGAGAGUGACGGCGAAUCGGGCCUGCCGGACCCGUGGAACGCGAUCUGCAUUGUCGGGUUCCGGGUAUACUCGAAGGACGAGGACCUCGACUUGCGCGUAGUCCUCGAGGGUGGCGACAUGGCCGAGAACGGCAUGGGCGAGAAAGGUCCUGCCGAUAUCGACAACGCCCAGAUGAACGCCGGCGGCGAGCGCGAGAAGAAGAGUCAGGACGUCACAGAUGAAGUUGAGAUCGUCGACGGCGAGCUUGUUCGUAAGGAGAAGAUCGUUGCGCCCGACGACGACGCCGAAAAGAAGGAAAACGAAGAGGAUAAGAAAGAUGAGAAGCGUGAUGAUAAGGCUGAUGAAGAGAAGGGCGAAGAGACGCCCGCCAAAGAUGAGCCUAAGGAAGAUGAUGAUAAUGAAAAGAAAGAUCCAGACGACGAGAAGGAAGCCGAUGUAGACGUUAAAUCAGAUGAUAAGGACAACGGCAAAGACGAUUGCACCAAGUCGGAUGCUUCUGAUUCAUCAGACGAAUCACCGAUCCCUACUCCCGACUCAACGGACUCGCGGGACUCGUGCGCCCCCCAGCACCGCCUUGAACAGAAGAGGGCUCAAGAGCAAUCGUCAGAGAAAUCAUCAUCGGCCUAA